UUUCUUUCCCCCUUCCGCCUUUUUCCAUUGGAGCAAUAAUGCUUUGAGAGGUGGUUGCUCCCCUGCUUGUCCCGGACGCAGCCCCGCGCACAGGGGUCAGUCAACCCAGCUUCCGACCCGGCCACCCCGCUGUGCUCCCCUGCCAGGCUGCGACUGCUCCGCUCCGAUUUCGAUCCGCCGCAAGCCGAGCCGUCGCCGGCCGGACGGAGCCACCGCCGGGCCGCACUCACGCCCGCGGCCUGCCUGCCCGGUCCGCUCUGGCGCUCGGCCGCUGAGCCCGCCACCUUCUCCCGAGAGAGAUUUUCGGUACGAACUCUGAAUUUGUCCAGACCCGGGCCGCAGCUCCUCGCGUCCUUCGCGCUCCAGAGAUUUUCUCUGCCCCUUUCCCUAUUUUCCUUGCGUAAAAAAUGUUUUGAGGUGGCACGUCAUUGUACCAACAUAAAGAGGAAGUCAGGCUCAGGCCAAGCCAAGGGAAAGUAGCCACCGGAGCUGGGAGAGGCUGUCAGGAUGCAGCUGCCGGCUGCUGCAACUGCAAGACGAUGCGAUCUCUGCUCAUGAGAUCGAGCAACGCAUCGCAUCUCAUCUCAUCUCACACGCCGAUCUCACACCCAUGUGUCCAUGAUCCACCCGCAACAUCUUGAGAAGGAGAAGAAGAAGAAGAAGAAGAAGAAGGAACCUCAUCGAGAUCAUGGACGGAGAUCGGAGGCGGGAGCUGGCCGCGGUCACCAGGCCGGCGCGCGCGCAGGCGGACAACCCGGCGCGGCGUCUCAUCGCCUGGCUGCAAAUUCUCUUCAAGGCUUUUGUUCAGAGGCAUAGCUGGCUGGCAAGGUGGCAGGUGGCGGGGCGCCCGGCGCUGCUGCUCCUCUUGGCCUUCUUGGUCCAGAAGAACCUGCGCCGCUCCUGCCUGUCAUGGCACAAGUCGCGGCUGCAGCGGCGCGCCGCCGCCGCGGUCACCGUGCAGUCGGCGUUCCGGGCCAUGGCGGCUCGCCGCGACCUCCUCCUCCGGCGGCAGAGCAGAGCAGCCGUAUACAUCCAGGCGCAAUGGCGCGCGCGCAGGGCGCUGUGGAACUAUCUGGCCAUGAAGAGGGCCUCGGUGAUCUGCCAGUGCGCUUGGAGGCAGAGCAUUGCGAGGAGGCAGCUCGGCAAGCUCAGACUGGCCAACGUUGAGAGGGAGAGGCUGGAUGAGAUCUGCAGGCUACAUGAGAUGGUGGAUGUGCUGCAGCAGGCGGUCGAGGACGCGGAGGUGAGGGUCAUCGCCGAGCGUGAGGCGGCGGUCAAGGCGAUAGCGGAGGCGCCUCCGGUGAUCAAGGAGACUGUGGUGUGGGUGGAGGAUGCUGACAAGGUUAACUCAUGGAACGCCGAAGUUGACCGACUCAAGGGGUUGCUGGGAGCAGAAAUGCAGGCCACCAUUGACGCCAAGAAGGCCCUGGCAAAGGCUGAACUGAGGAAUGAGAAACUGGCUAGGUUGCUUGGAGUGCAGGAGAUUAAGAACAAAACGCUGCAAGAUUCCGUCAAAAGGAUGGAGGAGAAAGCUUCCGACCUCGAAGCAGAAAACAGAAUGCUUAGACAGGCCGUUGCAUCGACCCCUUCGGUCAAGUCACCAUCUAGUGAAAACCACAGAGCACAUGAUCUUCAGGCAACUCCAUUGAAUGAGAAAACAACAAAUGGUGUCGUUAAGCCUAUGAUAGUGGACAGGAACGGCGAUAUUCACGACGAUGACAAUGCUGAACUGCCUGGCUCAAAUGAUGCUGAAGCUGAGAAACAGCAGCAGGAGCUGCUGAUCAAGUGCAUAUCUGAAGAUCUGGGAUUCUCGACCGGAAGGCCUAUCGCUGCGUACCUCAUCUACCGCUGCCUGGUCCACUGGAGAUCAUUUGAAGAGGACAGAACCACUGUUUUUGACCGCAUUAUUCAGAAGAUAAGUGCUGCAAUUGAGGCGCGAGACAGCAAUGAAAAAUUAGCAUAUUGGCUAUCCAAUUCAUGCACACUGCUGCUGCUUCUCCAAAGGACACUGAAAACCACUGGUUCAGCUGCCUUGGCGCGUCAGAGGCGAAGACCAUCGUCCCUCAACUCACCAAAGGAAAACCAAGCUCCUGGUCACCCUGAGCGUUCAGUUUCCGAUGGACGGUUGGUCGGUGCGCUGACUGACAUUUCCCAGGUUGAAGCCAAGUACCCAGCUCUUGCUUUCAAGCAACAGCUCACGGCAUUGUUGGAGAAGGUCUAUGGAGUGAUCAGGCACGACCUCAAGAAGGAGCUGUCGUCUCUGCUUGGGCUGUGUAUUCAGGCACCGAGAACAUUCGUCGUCAGCCCCAGAGGAACAGGCUCUCAAGGAACAGACAUGGCACAACAAGCCUCCAUGGCACAUUGGCAGAGCAUUAUCAAGAUCCUGACGAAUUCCCUCAACGUUUUAAAAUCUAAUUACGUGCCUCCGUUCCUGAUCUGCAAGUUGUUCACCCAAGUAUUUUCGUUCAUCAAUGUGCAACUAUUUAACAGUCUCCUGCUACGGCGCGAGUGCUGCUCAUUCAGUAACGGGGAGUAUGUCAAAGCAGGGCUGGAUGAGCUGGAGCAUUGGUGCCAUUGGCUAACGGAAGAGUAUGCAGGUUCAUCCUGGGAUGAACUGAAGCAUAUUCGGCAGGCAGUCACGCUCUUAAUACUCGAAGAGAAGCACAGCAAGUCUCUCAAAGAGAUCACCGACGAUUUCUGCCCGGCACUCAGCAUGCAGCAACUGUACCGGAUCAGCACGAUGUACUGCGACGACAAGUUUGGAACCUUGGGCAUCCCAUCAGAUGUCGUUGCGAGCAUGCGAGCUAAGAUGAUCGGGGGAUCGAGCAGCCCAUCAGUGCAAGACGACAUCAACUCUUUCCUCCUGGACGAUGAUUUCAGCAUACCGUUCUCCGUGGACGACAUCGCGAGGCUGAUGGUGCACGUGGACAUAGCAGACAUGGAUCUGCCGCCGCUGAUCCAGGACAAGAACGGCUCCCCGUUCGAAGCCUGAACGGUUCUGGUGAUGUACAUACAUAGCGCGUGAUAUAUAUACAUACAUACCACAGUUUUGGCUUGGUUUUUUGGGUACAUAAAAACCGGUUUUCCUUUCCCUUUUCUGGCAGGUUUUUUUGGUUUGGUUUUUGUUUUCCUUGUGUUGGAUGUUUGAGUGGUUCUUGGUUGCGUUUGCGUGUACGGACCGACUUGUACAAAAGUGAGCUGUAUUUGUAAUGUAACUAUAUGUACAUCCAGGAAAACAAGGAAAGAGAUUUUGGGUUUUGAUGAUGA